UAAAGCUGAUUGUUCUGAUGAUGAUCCCACAGAAACAAUUGAACCUUGUUCAUUUGCCAGACAUAAUCAACUUCCAACCUUCGCAUUGCUAUUUCAAGGUAAAGUUAAUUCGAAUAUGGAAAGACAAAUGGAUUUACAGCGUGGUCUCUGCAACUCAACGGUCCAACAGGGUUUCCAAAAUUUCCACUACAACAACAGCAGGCAGUCGGCAAUACUAUAUCCACGUCAAGCCUCCGAUGCCAUUUUGUACGCCUCGCUAGUGGCCAUUUUCUACGCAGCCAUCAUACUUAUAGUAGUCGGUAGCAACUGCCACAGAUUUCGACGUCACCACUCGUCCAGCGAUCGAACAAACAGACGAAGCUCCAAACACCUGCUGGCCGUAGCGGACCACAAAAUGAACAUCUUCCACAUUGCCUUGAAGAAACACAGAUCACCCAGUUCCACAGAUCCUCAGAUAGCCCUCGUUUGAUGUUUAUCAAUAAAAGCUCUUUUAAA